AGAAUGGCGAAGAAACGGAGAGUUCCAGAGGUUCUGUGGAGACUCUUCCGUAAAAAAGCUCGAACUCUUGCCCAAACAAUCAUCUCUCUGGUCUCGCAGUCACGCGGUGAAGCAAAAAAUGAGUUUUUUCUCAUCAAACCAGGCGAUCCUUCCGAUUACCGCAAGCUCCUCCAUCAAUGCUUCGUUGUUGUCAACGAAAAAGCGCCGCCUCUCUCCGGUUUCUCUCCGGUCACGCACUGGUCCCAACACGAGAUUGUUGAAAGGAUUAUGGAGAUGAGUGAGAUAAUGGAAUCGUCUAAUGUUAUAUACGGUGGUUUUGACAAGUAUAAUUGUUCGAGCCCCAUUUUAGAGCUUCUAAGUGGUCCAUCAUGGUCGCUUCUUUUAGAAAGGGUUGGGGAAAAUGUCAUGUGUUAUCUCCUACAGCAUACAUCAAUAUUUUUGCCCCUUCCUCCUAAGAAACACCAUCAAGUAACAGGUCCUUCUAUCACUAACCAUGAAUUUUUCAAGGGUAAAGCAGAUUCUCAAGGGUACCAAAAGAAGAGGAAAAGAGUUGAUAUUGCUAGUUCAGUGUCAAAGACACAGCAAGAAAGUUCUUCUGUUGGGUGCCGAAUUUCCAUUGGCUGUGUUGGUUGUAAAGACAAAAGUUAUGUAAGGCAAUUCAGGAGCCAUCCUGGGUACAAUAAUGGUCAGAUGACUUUUCUUGGAGUAGGUACUGCAACAAGUGAUGCUGUUGCUGCUAAAAAUGACGGAAAUGCAUAUCCAGAACCUCAAACAAGCUGCGAUCAGGUUACUGCUAAACCUAGAAAGCGUUCAAGACCUUUUAGCUGGCAGCGCCGCAGGAAUCGUAGGCAUAUAAAUCUACAAGAAUUUAGUGAUAAGAUACCUUGCACUAUUCGUUGUAAUGAUAUAGAUAGCUCAUGUGGGAAGCAUCAAUAUGACAACAGCAGGAUGCAAGAAACAUGCUCUUGGUGUUUGAUGUUGCAAGCUCCCCAGUUAGUCACUGAUAGGGAUCUUAUUAAUAGGCGUUACAUGUUCUACAGUUUGGAAUGCUCUUCAACUGUUCUCCCUCGCUGGCAUAUAUUGAAUUCUUUAAAGCCCAAUUUUCCUGAUUCAAAGUUGCUUAUCAAGAAAAUAUUUUUCUUAUCUGAUGUAAACAAGAGUCCUCAGUCCAUGACAUGCUCCCACAGCACUGAGUUUUGUCUCAUGGGAUCUGCAUGCCUGUAUCACAAACUUGUUAGGUUGCUUAAGAUACUCAUACGCAGAUUUCAAAGUUGCCAGCAUUUGAGGUUGUUGGAUAAGCAUUGCGUUCCAUUAUCGGAUCAAAAGGUUAUGGGAAAUUCAAGCUCAUUGUUUGAGGGGAAUGAGUUGGGUAAAAAAGCACGUGGGAAAUCUAAUGGUUCCUGUAGCAAAGAUUGCAAGAAAAGUCUGGAAGCCAGUGAUUCUCAUUUUGAGGCAAUCAAGCCUUAUUGCUUGAAAAGUCAGGUUGAAUCAUUUAUAUGGGCUGUUUGUAGGAGUAUAAUUCCUGCGGAUUUGUUAGGAACUCCUUAUAACUGGAGAGUACUAAGGAGAAAUAUUUCCAAGUUUAUCCAGCUGAGAAGAUUUGAGAAAUUCUCUAUUAAACAAUGUAUGCAUAAAUUGAAAAUUUCAAAGUUCCCAUUCUUAUCAGAUAAACACUCUUCAUGCUACUUGAAAACUCAGGUGCCAAAGGAUAGCAUGGAGCAGAAUGUCAAAAUGUAUGAAGAAUUCAAUAAACUGAAUAACCCCAUGGUCAAAAUGAAACAUAAACUCUUAGUGAACUGGAUUUUUUGGUUCUUUUCAAAUCUAGUGGUGCCAUUAGUGCAAGCCAACUUCUAUGUCACUGAAAGUGAGCAUGGUAAACAAGAUAUAUAUUAUUAUCGGAAGUCAGUUUGGGAAAAUUUGAUGAACAAAGCUAUCACUCGCUUGAAAGAUAAGAGCUAUUGUCAGUUAGAUGAUGCAGCUGUUAGAAGUGUUAUAAGCCAUAGAUCAUUUGGUUUCUCAAAGCUCAGACUUCUUCCAAAAGAAAAUGGAGUAAGGAUGCUGGCAAAUCUUAAAGCACCAUCAAGGCUAGCAAAAAAGGAAUUCAAAGAUACUUGCACUCGAAUGCCGAAGGAUGCUCAAAUGCGUCGUAAAAGAGUGAAAUGUGACCACUAUAAACCUGUCAAUGGUGUUCUUCGAGAUAUACAUGCUGUUCUAAAAGGUUUAGUGUUGAAAGAACCGGACAAAUUAGGAUCAUCAGUGUUUGAUUACAAUGAUGUUUACAGAAAGUUAUGCCCGUUUCUAAUUGGUCUGAGGAAUGGAUCAACAACCAUUCCAGGCAUUUUUGUUGUGGUUUCUGAUGUAUCAAAAGCAUUUGAUUCUAUUGAUCAAGAUAAGCUUCUUAGUGUAAUGAAUGAUGUCAUACUGGAGGAUAAAUAUCUUCUUGAACAUCGCUAUCAAGUUGUCUCUACAAAGAAAUCGAUGUGGAUACAUGAUAAUCCUCCUGUAUUGAUCGAUCAUAAUGUCAGCACUUGUACAAGAUUCACGUCUUCUCUCACAUUUCCUUCAUUGCAUAGAAUUCUUGUUAAUCAGGGUUGGAAGCGAUAUGUGAGGAAAGAAGAACUCUUAUUUAAUCUAAAUGAGCAUGUUAAGCGCAAUGUGCUGCAGCUAGAUAAAAAGUUUUACCUUCAAGGCAUAGGUAUACCUCAAGGAAGUGUUAUAUCUUCUUUGCUUUGCUCAUUAUACUAUGGAGAUUUGGAAAGGAAUGUGAUCUAUCCAUUUAUCCAGAAAACUCAAGAAUCUGUUUUUCAAGUUGUGUCUGGAAGUCAUCAUUUUGGAGAGAGUAGUCGGGGUGAUACAAUUAUCUCAUCACCGGGCGUUAACAUGUUCUACAGUUUUGGAAUGCUCUUCAACUGUUCUCCCUCGCUGGCGUAUCCUUUGAAGGAUCUUAAAGUGUGCACAUAG